CCUGGCCCGUCGUCGUCUUCCAUGGAGUAGCCACCAGUCACGACGGCAUCGCAGCAGCGGUUCCUGCGGAGAAGGCCAGGGAUCCAUGGUUUGCAACAUCCGGUUGCACUUUCGCCUGGCGAAACCUCAAGUCUAGGCGAAGGGUAAAAACGCAAGAAUGCCUUGGUGGAGAGCAGGCAAUCGCAAUUACACCCAAAAGGGGAAUCCCGGCGACACGCCCGAGUCCCGAGCGGUCCGAUGGCUGUGUGUGGCACGGGCUUCCGACGGGCCCAGCCUGUCACUGCAAGCCUGCCAUCACCGUCGAGUAAACAUUCAUCGAGGGCCCGGGCCUACGGUACCGCCGCGUGAUAAAUAGGACUGAAUAACCGUCCCCAGCUGGCACUCUCGACCUUCCUCUCCUCACCCAACCCUCACCACCUCACCUCAGUCCUUCUUUGCAGAGCACGUGGCCACCGACAGUCCAUAUUUCCUAAUACUUACUACCCAUCUCCUUUGCGCUUCUUUUAAUCAGCAAUGAAGCCGAACUGCAUCAUCGGCGGCGGCCUCGCCGCCAGCUCGGCGCGCUGGGCCAUGUACUACGACCAGUACCACACGACCGCGCCGCCCAGCAAGAACGUGACGGCCGGCAUCACCCACGUCAUCACGGCGUUUGCCGCCUCGGACCUGUUUAUCGGCAACACCACGGGCACCUACACGCCCUUCCAGCCGCUCUCCCAGAUCCGCUCCCACUUCGACGACAACGUCAAGGUCUGCAUGGCCAUCGGAGGCUGGGGAGACACGGCCGGCUUCGCUCGCGGUGCCCGCACCGAGGCGACUCGCAAGGAGUUUGCCAAGAACGUGGGCAAAACCGUUGACAGGCUUGGCUACGACUGCGUCGACGUCGACUGGGAGUACCCCGGCGGCAACGGCGCCGACUACCGGCAGAACCCCAACUCGGGCAAGGUGUCCGAGGUCGAGACGUACCCGCUCCUGCUCUCCGAGAUCAAAAAGGUCAUCGGCAAGAAGGAGCUCUCCAUCGCCGUGCCCAGCCUGGAGCGCGACAUGAUCGCCUACACGGCGACGCAGGUGCCCAAGAUCGCCGGCGUCGUCGACCACAUCCACGUCAUGACGUACGACCUCAUGAACCGCCGCGACAACGUCACGGCGCACCACACCGACCUCAUGGGCUCCAUGGCCGCCAUCGACACGUACCUCGCCCGCGGCGCGCCGGCCAGCAAGCUCAGCCUCGGCUUCGCCUUUUACGCCAAGUGGUUCAACACGGCCAAGGGCGCCGAGUGCACCUCGCCCGUCGGCUGCCCGGCCGCCGUCCUGGAGGACGCCGCCGGCGCCGAUACGGGUAAGUCGGGCGCCUUCACCUUCGAGACCGCCAACUUUGCGCCCGCGCCGACCAACCUGACCGUCACGACCGACGACUCGUGCGGCGCCGGCACCUCUUUCAAGUGCAAGGAGGGCGCGUGCUGCUCCCAGUACGGCUUCUGCGGCACCACGGCCGCCCACUGCGGCACCGGCUGCCAGAACCCCUUUGGCCGCUGCGAGGGCAUCUCGACCAAGGACUCGUUCACCAAGGCCCUCAAGAACGCCAAGACGGACGCCGUCAGCGGCGGCGAGUGGUACUGGGACUCGCAGGCCGACAUCUUCUGGUCCUGGGACACCCCGGCCCUCAUCAAGCAGAAGGUCCAGACCAUCAUCAAGGGCAAGGGCCUUGCCGGCGGCUUCGCCUGGAGUCUGGGCGAGGACACCUACGACUACAGCCACCUCAAGGCCAUCACCGCCGCCCUGAAGGCCUAAGCUGAUAGCGACCGUGGUCUUUUGUGGGUUAUGAAUGCGAAUGGGGAUAGACUAGUCUAGAUGGUACAAUAACAUUCGUUUUCAAGUCCAAUUACUUGUUUCCUAAUCUUGAUCCCAGUUAUGUUACGACAUGCAGGUAGCCAAGACCGAAGCUUCCUACCGCCCGUAUCCCGGCUAUAUGUAUAUAUACGCAUGUUAUGCACAAUGUGAAUUCUAAAUGUAACAACUUGUCUUCCCCAACACAGCAAAAGAUUGUUCGUAGCAAAGCAUGAUGGGC